GGAAAAUUUGGUUUAUAAAGUUUUAUGAUUAUAAUAUAAAUGUGUAUUAUUAUGUUUAUUAGAAUUCUUGUGCACUUUAUCUCCAUCAUAGUUAUCUAUGUCAUUAUGACAAGUGGUUUGCAGUGUUAUGAAUGCAGUGCUGAUAGCGAUAAAAACUGUUUCCGUCACCAAAAAAUUAAUAACUGUUCGAAAUAUGAAAAUAGUUGUAUUACUGUGUUUUACCACAUGAAAAUUGAAGAUAUCGAUUCUACUUCAUUAGAAAGUUUUUUUCAAAAAAGAUGUCAUAGUUCUACAAGCAAAAGUUGUUUUCUAAUCCGUAGAAGUUACGAAGACCUUGGUUUUACAAAUUUAAAAGUUGCAUGCUGUAACAGAAAUCUGUGCAACGAAGCAGUAAAUAAAGAGGUAUUUGCAAAAGUGUAUAAAAACAUGGGAUUACUACUGUCACCAGCAUUACCAAUACAUUGUAUAUUAUUAUAUAUCAUUUUUAUUAAUAUAUAUCAUUUUUAUUAUUGAA